CGGGCUUGAGCCGCGGUGAGUCCGGAGGGGCCGGGCCGUGCCCGGGGGCGCUUUUACGCGCGGAGUGGCUGCCGGAGUCCGACCUGGUCUCCCGAGAGCCAGACUACUUGUUGGAAUUUGAGGAGGAAGGUGUCUUCUCCCUGAGCCUGGCUCUAGAAGACUGAGGUUCAAGGCUAGAAGCCUGAGGCGAUUGCCCUGGGAAGGUGGAUGAUGGCUGCAGAGCUGCCGAGAGUAACCACCCCCCUGAGCCCCUUGGUCCAGGUGCCUCAAGAGGAAGAUGAACAGGAGGAGGUCACUACCAUGAUCCUGGAGGACGACUCUUGGGUGCAGGAAGCUGUACUGCAGGAGGAUGGCCCUGGGUCGGAGCCCUUUCCCCAGAGUGCUGGCAAGGGUAGCCCCCACGGGGAGGCCGCUGGAGGGCCACAGGGUGCACUUGGCCGCCUCCGAGAGCUCUGUCGGCGCUGGCUCAGGCCGGAAGUGCACACCAAGGAACAGAUGCUGACCGUGCUACCGAGGGAAAUUCAAGCCUGGCUGCAGGAGCAUCGUCCUGAGAGCAGCGAGGAGGCUGUGGCCCUGGUGGAGGACUUGACCCAGACCCUCCGGGGUGGCGAUUUCGAGAUCCAGAGCGACAAUGGGGAGAACUCUAAUCAGGAUCUAUUUGAGGAUGUCGAAUCACAUGAGAUGUUCUCAGAAAUGCCCGAAGGGGGAGGCAUUCCGCAGUCCGACUGGGAAAGUGACUCUGAGAGAGACUGUGGCUCCAGGGGGCCCCAGGGGAAUGCCCCGCGUGGGGACCACAGGGAGGUGCCCUCCCAGGGCAGGGAAGUGGGGCAGCUAAUCGGCCUUCAGGGCACCUACCUGGGUGAGAAGCCCUACGAGUGUCCCCAGUGUGGGAAAACCUUCAGCCGGAAAUCCCACCUGAUCACCCACGAGCGGACCCACACGGGAGAGAAGUACUACAAAUGCAAUGAAUGCGGGAAAAGCUUUAGCGAUGGUUCCAACUUCAGCAGACACCAAACCACCCACACGGGGGAGAAACCUUACAAAUGCCGAGACUGUGGGAAAAGCUUUAGCCGGAGCGCAAACCUCAUCACCCACCAGAGGAUCCACACGGGAGAAAAGCCCUUCCAGUGUGCUGAGUGCGGCAAGAGCUUCAGCAGGAGCCCCAAUCUCAUUGCCCACCAGCGAACCCACACGGGCGAGAAGCCCUACUCGUGCCCCGAGUGUGGGAAGAGCUUUGGCAACCGGUCCAGCCUUAACACGCACCAGGGCAUCCACACGGGCGAGAAGCCGUACGAGUGCAAGGAGUGCGGGGAGAGCUUCAGCUACAACUCCAACCUGAUCCGCCACCAGCGGAUCCACACGGGCGAGAAGCCCUACCGGUGCGCCGAGUGCGGGCAGAGGUUCAGCCAGAGCUCGGCGCUCAUCACGCACCGGCGCACGCACACGGGCGAGAAGCCCUACCAGUGCGCCGAGUGCGGCAAGAGCUUCAGCCGCAGCUCCAACCUGGCCACGCACCGCCGCACGCACCUGUUGGAGAAGCCCUACAAGUGCGGCGAGUGCGGCCGGAGCUUCAGCCAGAGCUCCAGCCUCAUCGCGCACCAGGGCGCGCACACGGGCGAGAAGCCCUAUGAGUGCCUGACGUGCGGCGAGAGCUUCAGCUGGAGCUCCAACCUCCUCAAGCACCAGCGAGUGCACACGGGCGAGAAGCCGCACAAGUGCGCUGAGUGCGGCAAGGCCUUCGGCCAGCGCUCGCAGCUCGCCGCGCACCGGCGCACGCACACGGGCGAGAAGCCCUACCAGUGCCUCCUGUGCGGCAAGAGCUUCAGCCGCGGCUCCAUCCUCGUCAUGCACCAGCGCGCGCACCUGGGGGACAAGCCCUACCGCUGCCCCGAGUGCGGCAAGGGCUUCAGCUGGAACUCCGUGCUCAUCGUCCACCAGCGCAUCCACACCGGGGAGAGGCCCUACAAGUGCCCCGAGUGUGGCAAGGGCUUCAGCAACAGCUCCAACUUCAUCACCCACCAGAGGACGCAUGCCAAAGACAAAGCGGACUGA